AUGUUGCUAGAGCAGGGAAACUCGCUUGUUCUGCCUCUGAAGAAGCUAAAUGCUGCAUUGGGUCAAGAAUGUGAAAGCAUGGAUGCUCUGUUAGUGCAUGUAUCGGGUGACCGGCCUCACCUCACAAAUGGCAUCACAAAAGGUGUAAGCCUUUUAACUACGUUUAUCGAAAAAUUUGUCAAGAAACGCACCUCUAACACUCUCAACUCGGGCGGCUAUUCGGUGAGCAAAGAGGGGGCGACAGUCGGACAGUCGGUAGCUGGUGCGGGAGGGCCAAUUAGCCAUCUCUUGUCCAACGGCCAACCGGGAAAUCUGGCCAGCCCUUCGAGAGGUGUUGCUGCUGGUGGGCCAUUUGCUGGAGGCGGAGUGGGCAUCGGUGGAAGAGGCAGCAGUGGAGGACUGAACGUGCCAGAGACGCCAGGCAAC